GAUGAAGAGACUCUGAAGUCUGAACCCAGCAGAGCAAACCAAACCAGAGCAAAGCAAAAGGCCAGAGCUCUUGCUUUGUUUUAAUAUUUUUUUUUUUUCCAAAUAACACCGACAAUUCUUCAACUUUGCAUGCCAUGCUGUUUCUGGGUCAAGUGAAGUAGUGAAGUGAAGAGGCAAAACCUAUAUCUGACAAACUUUGACAUAUCUAUUUUCCACAAGUCCAUUUAUCUCUUUUAAAAAGUUGUAUUUUUGGAAGCAAGCGAAAAUGUAUGGGGAUUGCCAAGUAAUGUCAACCAUGGGAGGUGGGAACGUAGUCACCUCGGAAACCCUCUUUUCAUCUCCGAUCCAAAACCCUAACUUCAACUUCAUGCCUUCCCAGCUCCCUUUCCAACCUUUCUCUUCCAUCAUCAAUCCCAAAGAAGAAAACGGGCUGCUGAUGAGAGGCAAGGAGGAGAUGAUGGAGAGUGGUUCUGGAAGUGAGCAAGUUGAAGAAAAGUCUGGAAACGAGCAAGAGGCUGAUCAACUUCAACAGCCCCCUAAGAAGAAACGCUAUCAUCGCCACACUGCUCAUCAGAUCCAAGAAAUGGAGAAUUUGUUUAAGGAGUGUCCUCACCCAGACGACAAGCAGAGGCAAAAACUGAGCCAGGAGCUGGGACUGAAGCCACGCCAGGUCAAGUUCUGGUUCCAAAACCGACGAACUCAAAUGAAGGCACAACAAGACCGGUCGGAUAAUGUGAUGCUUAGAGCAGAAAAUGAUAGCCUGAAGAACGAGAAUUACCGGCUACAGACGGCGCUGCGCAAUAUUAUAUGCCCUAAUUGUGGCGGACCAUCUAUGAUUGCGGACAUUGGCUUGGAUGAACAACAACUUCGACUUGAGAAUGCUCGACUCAGAGAAGAGUUGGAACGAGUUUGUUGUCUGAGUUCACGAUAUACUACUGGCCGGCAAAUCCAAACAAUGGCACCUGGAGAUCCUCUCAUGUCAGCAUCCAGUUUGGAUUUGGAUAUGAACAUCUAUUCAAGGCAUUUCCAAGACCCAAUGACUUCUUGUGGGGACAUGAUCCCCAUGCCUUUGUUGCCACCAGAAGUGCCUUCCCACUACAAUGAGGGUGGUGUAUUGUUAGAUGAGGAAAAGUCUCUUGCAGUGGAGCUUGCCGCUUCAUCGGUGGAUGAACUUGUUAAGAUGUGCCAAGCUGGUGAGCCUCUUUGGAUCCGGAACAGUAAAAUUGGGAAGGAAGUGCUUAAUGUUAAAGAAUAUACCCGGAUGUUCCCACCGUGGCCUUUGAACCUCAAGCACCACUCAAGUGAUCAGUUUAGGACAGAAGCUACUCGUGAUAGUGCUGUGGUUAUCAUGAAUAGCAUCAAUCUUGUAGAUUGCUUCCUUGAUGCUAAUAAGUGGAUGGAGCUGUUUCCUUCUAUUGUUUCUAGAGCCAAAACUGUUCAAGUUAUUCAAGCAGACCCCUCUGGUCAAGCAAAUGGUUCUCUUCAGCUGAUGUAUGCCGAAUUGCAAGUUCUUUCUCCUCUGGUGCCAACUAGAGAAGCACAUUUUCUACGUUAUUGUCAGCAAAAUGCGGAGGAGGGAUGUUGGGCAAUUGUAGAUUUUCCCAUAGAUAGCUUCCAUGACAACCUCCAAUCCUCGUUUCCCCGAUACAAGAGAUUGCCCUCCGGCUGCCUUAUCCAAGACAUGCCCAAUGGAUACUCAAAAAUUACAUGGGUAGAACAUGCAGAGAUAGAGGAGAAGCCUGUCCACCAAAUAUUAAGCCACUAUGUCUACAGUGGGAUGGCUUUCGGGGCGCAACGCUGGCUUGCAAUCUUACAAAGGCAGUGUGAAAGGGUUGCAAGUCUCAUGGCCAGAAAUAUAUCAGACCUUGGAGUGAUACCUUCCCCAGAAGCACGAAAGAAUUUAAUGAAACUGUCACAUAGAAUGAUAAGAACAUUUUGUGUAAACAUGUGCACCUCCAAUGGGCAGUCAUGGACGGCUCUAUCUGAUUCCCCAGACGACACUGUUAGAAUAACCACAAGGAAGGUCACAGACCCUGGUCAACCCAUUGGUGUUAUUCUCAGUGCUGUGUCCACAACCUGGCUCCCAUAUUCUCACUACCGUGUCUUCGAACUCCUACGGGACGAACAUCGCAGAGCUCAGCUUGAUGUUCUUUCCAAUGGGAAUUCCUUGCACGAAGUGGCUCACAUUGCCAAUGGCUCUCAUCCUGGCAAUUGCAUUUCUCUUCUUCGCAUAAACGUAGCGAGCAACUCAGCACAGAACGUAGAGCUAAUGCUACAAGAGAGCUGCACCGACGAGUCGGGCAGCCUUGUGGUGUACACAACCAUGGACGUGGAAGGCAUCCAAUUGGCAAUGAGUGGAGAGGACCCUUCCUGCAUUCCCCUCCUUCCUCUCGGCUUUGUCAUUGUCCCACUGCACCAUAUGGAAUCUACUGGCCCAACACCCAAUCACCUCACCUCAUCAUCGCCAGAUCAUCGUCAAGAAGACAGCACUGCCACCACCACCACGACCAGCAAUGUUAUCAACUCAGGUUGUCUGCUGACUGUGGGACUCCAAGUCCUUGCCAGCACAAGUCCUUCCGCAAAACUCAACCUCUCCAGCGUCACCGCCAUUAACAACCAUCUCUGCAACUCGGUGCAGCAGAUUAUCUCCGCUCUCAGUAGCGGCAGCGACACGUGCAUUGCCGCUGCUACAACUGAGAAUGGCAGCGUUGGUGGCGGCGCCUCUUGCUCCGACCCAACUGCUUCCAGCCCCAGGCAAUAGCUUGGAUGGCCGGGACAUUGAGCUACGUGCUAAAUUACCCAAAAACAACCUGUCCUCUCUCCCAGCAGUUUGGCUUUUCUGUACUAAAUUUAGGGUUUGUGUCUGGGAGUUGUUAUUUCUACUGCAAACCAAAAAAAAAAAAA